AUGACGGGUACGAGUGCUGCAAAGGCCAACGCCAACGACUACCGCCAGAUCGCGGCGGACAAGCAGCGACAGCGGCAGGGCAAGAUCCCCCGGGAAUGGUUGAUCGAUUUUGACCUCCGGAAGGGGAAGGAUCACGAUCACGAUGCCACUGCCGAUGCCGCUGCCACUACCACUGCCACUACCACCAACCUGUUACAGGUGCCCGUCACUUGUGGCCUCUUGGACGAGGUCGAGUGUAGCAUCACGUCCGAGUACGACGUCACCGCUCUCCUCGAGAAAAUCAAGAGCGGUGCUUGGUCGGCCGAACAGGUCACGGUUGCAUUUUGCAAGAGAGCGGCCGUUGCUCAACAGUUGACCAACUGUUUGACCGAGAUCUUCUUCGAUGACGCGAUCCAGCGCGCGCGCCAACUCGACCAAGAACGACGAGAAGCUCCCGGUCGGCAGCUGCGGCCUCUCCAUGGCCUGCCCAUCUCGCUCAAAGACAGCUUUCAAGUGGCCGGCCAGGACACUUCGACCGGACUGGCCUGCUUUGUUGACGAGCCGGCCGGGCAGAACAGUGCCCUCGCGGCCCUGCUGCUGGACCUGGGUGCCGUGCUGUACUGCAAGACCAACCUACCGCAAACCAUCAUGACGGGUGAUAGCGACAACAACGUGUUUGGCCGGACUUUGAACCCUCACAACCUCGCCUUGACCGCCGGCGGCAGCAGCGGCGGCGAGGGCGCUCUGAUCGCCCUUCGCGGCAGUCUGCUCGGCGUCGGAACCGACAUUGCCGGCAGCAUUCGCAUCCCGUCGCUGUGCAACGGCAUCUAUGGCCUCCGAACCAGCGUGGGGCUGGUGCCUCAUGAUGGUGUGCGAGAUCUCUCCGUGCCGGGCACCGACGCCGUGCGUUCGGCCGCUGGGCCCAUGGCCACGUCGGUGCGCGACUGUCGCCUGUUCAUGAAAGCCGUCAUGGAGUCGGAGACCUGGCGAUAUGAUAGCAGUGUGGUGUCGGUGCCAUGGAGGAAUCUCCAAGAAAGGAAAAAGCUGCGAAUCGGCGUGGUCCAUGACAAUGGCAUCCAUACCCCUUCGCCUCCCGUUCGACGAGGCUUGAACCAAGCCGUGCAACUCCUCCAGGGCCGUGACGACGUCGAAACCGUCUCUCUGACAUUGCCCGGCGUCGGCCAAAUCUACCAAGACCUUGUCAAGUAUUGGGCACCUCUUGGAGCCGAGCACCUUUCCGCCCUGUUCGCCCAAACAGGAGAGCCGACCAUUCCAUCCCUCGAGGCGCUCGGCCUCAUGGCGGUCGAAGGAACCACCAUGAAGGAGUAUUUGGAGCUGAACGCCCGUCGAGAAGACGCGGCAGAGAGAUAUCUCCGACUGUUCUGCCACCACCGACUCGACGCCAUUCUGAUGCCCGUCGCCCCUCACACGGCCGUGCCGUGGGACACAUGGUCGGGAGCCAGCUAUACCGGCAUCUGGAACUAUCUCGACUACCCGGCCAUCGUCCUGCCGGUCGACAAGGUGCGAGAGACGGAUGUGGCCGAUGAUGUGGCCAACGCGAAGUAUGGUCCGGACGAUGCCAAUCUCUAUAGACUCUACACCGGCCCAGAACUGUACAGAGACGCCCCUAUCGGCGUUCAACUGGUUGGCUAUCGACAGAUGGACGAGGAGCUCCUGAACACGGCCACCGUUUUGGACUCCAUCAUCAACGGGAAGAGAUGA